AACGCACAGCAGUGAGUCAGUCCGGGGCUAGCCCGAGAUCUGUGCUGUGUGCAAUUGACAGACGUCUAGUACGACGGUUCAUCGAGUCAGCUAUGUUGCAUUUCUCACCAAGUCAACAAUCGCAGCUUGCGGGAUGCUGUAUACACGGAGUGGAGGCCCCUCGCGAGAGCGCAACGUAUAAAAGCGGGUUCACUGCGGGUCCGGAGAAGGGGCAUACAAUCCAACAACACCGAGACCCUCAUCCCCCAUCCCCACUUCCCAUACCCAAGCAUGAAGUCUUUCGUUCUCUCGUCCAUCGCCCUCGCUCUCUUCCUUGCGACCUCGGUUCAUUCUGCUCCCGUAGAACACAGUCUCUCACCAUCGCAGACGGAGGCCGCUUCAACUUCCCCCGCAGUGAUGGCCCCUGAUAUCUUCCUGUGGGACCGUCGCUCUUCUCCAUCACCGACUGGAACCACGGACGCGCCAGGCGCAUCUCAUUCCGCUCCGUUGGCCGCCCCUGGCAUCUUCCUGUGGCGUCGUGGUACUGCGGACCCGACACAGACGACAGACAGCCCGACGGAGUCAUCCUCUUCCCCCAUUCUUGCUCCCGACAUCUUUCUGUGGUAACUUAUGAAUAUGUCCCAAUUGAGCGCCGCAGUUGGUCGGCACGGAC